AUGAAAUUAGAGCUUACUUUUGCUAUUAUAAAACCUCAUAUAACAUCUGUUCCUUUCAGAUUACAGGAUAUUAGAAAUAGAAUUUUAUCUAACGGAUUUUACAUAAUAAAAACAAAAAAAGAGACUUUAAAUACGAGUCAAGCACAUGAAUUUUAUAAUGAACAUAAGGGUAAAUUUUUUUUCAAUCGCCUUGUGACUUUUAUGUGUAGUGGUCCCUGUUAUUUUCACAUAUUAGCGCGGGAAAAUGCAAUCGAAGUAUGGAGGACAAUGAUGGGACCGACAAAAGUCUUCAAAACAAUUUUUACCCACCCUGAUUCAAUAAGAGGCGUCCACGGUUUGUCAGAUACAAGAAACGCUACUCAUGGCUCUGAUUCUAAACAGUCAUUUGAAAAGGAAGCCAAGAUUUUUUUUCCUGACUUUAAUUCACGUGAAUGGUAUGCCAAAGAGGAGAUAAAAUUUAUUGAAGGAAAUAGUUUAUUCGAUAAAGAUAAAUUUGAGCAUGUUACUUUGAAAGAACAAAUGUAA